CUUUCGAAGCAGCCCGAAAUGGAUUCGAAUUUUUUAAACAAUUACAAACUUCUGAUGGUCAUUGGGCAGGUGAAUAUGGUGGGCCAAUGUUUUUGAUACCAGGACUUAUUAUCACAAUGUAUAUUACACAUAUUCCUAUCCCGGAAUCUUGGAGAAUUGAAAUUAUUCGAUAUGUGGUAAACAAAGCAAAUCCUGUUGAUGGUCGUUUUUGGGUUCAUACUCGUGCAGUAUACCUCCCAAUGGGAUACUGCUAUGGACGUAGAAUAACUGCCGAAGUUACUCCAUUAAUCGAACAACUUAGGCAAGAAUUAUAUGUUCAACCAUUUGAGACAAUUAAUUGGUCUAAAGCCCGAAAUAAUAUUGCUGAAAUUGACCUUUAUGCUCCGCAUACCAAAAUAUUAAAAUUUUGCAAUUUUAUAUUAAAUAUUUAUGAAAAGCUUCCUAAUUUUCUUGGAAUUCGUGAUAUUUCUCUUCAAGAGAGUUAUGAAUUAAUUAAAUAUGAAGAUGAAAAUACGGAUUUUCUUGAUAUUGCACCUGAAGGGCCAGAUUCUAAAGCAUUCAAGCUUGCUAAAGAAAGAUUAAUUGAUUAUAUGUGGUAUAAAAAUCUUAGUUCUUUAAGUCCAGAAGGAAUGAUGAUGAGUGGUACAAAUGGUACUCAAGUUUGGGACACUGCGCUUACAGCCCUUGCCGUAAUUGAAACAGACGAUGCACAAAUAAAAAAGAAUCACAACGAUAAUGAAAGAUGUUAUCGUGAUAAAACAUUAGGUGCUUGGGGUUUUAGUACUCGUGAUCAGGGAUACAAUGUUUCAGAUUGUUCUAGUUUAGCUUAUUUAUUUUUGAUUUGUGGUAAAAAAAUUAGUUACACGCCAGAUUUAGUAUCUAAAGAACGAUUUUGUAAAACCGUUGAUAUAUUACUAUCUAUGCAAAAUACUGAUGGAGGAUUUGCGAGUUAUGAGCGUACUAGAGGCCCAAAAAUUCUCGAAUGGUUAAAUCCUGCAGAAGUUUUUGGAAAUAUUAUGAUUGAAUAUAGUUAUCCAGAAUGUACAGCUUGUGUCUUAACAGCUCUAAAUACGUUCCAGAAAUGGUAUCCUGAUUAUAGGGCUGAUGAAAUUAAGUAA